AUGGAUGAAAUAUCAUUAGAAAAUGUGUUGAGGCGUUGCGGUGACUUUGGUCGAUUUCAGUUAAUACAUUUCAGCUUAUUAUGUCUGCUCAAUUUCAGCAGUGGUAUGGCCGGAUUUUACUAUGUGUUCGCUCUGGCCGAACCUUAUUUUCGUUGUCGACUUCCAUCGGAUGUUUGGCCGAAUGAUAAUCAAUAUUCUUCGUCGAAUUCGACUCAUCAGCAACUGAUUGAUACAUUGUUAAUGACAUCAUCGAGUUGUAAAUAUACCAAUGGAAGUAGUUGUCAGGAGUUUGUUUUCGAUCGAAGUGUCUAUGGGAAAACGUUUACCGAAGAAGCGAAGUUUGUUUGUGAGAAUGCAAUACGAAAAACUUGGAUUUCGACUGUUUACGAGCUUGGAACGUUUACGGUAUUAAUAACUGGACCUAUCAGUGAUCGAGUUGGCCGUCGAAAAAUGCUUCAGAUAUUAAGCUUGGGAAUGUAUAUCGUCACCGCAAUUACGCAAUUACUUCUUCAAUUUGUCAGUAUGAGUGCAAAUCUAAAAAUCGGUCUUCUAAUGGUCAAUCAAAUAGUAUCUGGUAUUGAUCCAUAUGGCAUCGUCUUUCUUCUUCUCAUGGAAUUAACGUCAUCUUCACACACAAGUUUUGCUGGUGGUGUGUCGAUGGUCGCGUACACAAUAGGAGAAGUCAUGUUUACCGGCUUUGCUUAUGCAGCACGAAACUGGUUGAAUCUAAAAUGGUUUAUGAGUAUUUACUUUGCGGUCACUGUACCUUAUCUUUUCUUCAUUCCUGAAUCACCGUAUUGGCUUUUCAUUCGAAAGAAAUAUGAUCAACUCGAAGUUUGCCUACGAAAAAUUGCGAAAACGAAUCGUCGAGAAGAGAGCGAAUGGCAUCCGAUGUAUAUGCAAUUAGUUGAGCAAUCUCGUUUGGAAAAAACGACCGAGAAGAAAAAGCCCAAGAAGAAAAUCAGUCGAAUUAUUCGUCUUAUACCUCGAUUGUUCAUGUGUGGAUGUAUCGAAUUUGUAACAAUGUUAUUAUAUACAACAAUUUCAUAUGACUUAGGUCAGAAAAGUGAAGCGAUUAGUCCAUACACAAAUUUUAUUAUUGGAGCCGGUGUUGAAGGUCUUGGUUAUCUAGCAGCUGGCCUUUGUAUCAUCACAUUCUUAGGAAGAAAAUAUUCAUUGAUUAUGUUUGUUUUACUAACAGCCGGCGCUGUUUUGGCAAUUCCGUUUGUGACGGGAACUUAUCCGGUUGUAGCUACUGUGAUUUCUCAAGUAGGAAAAUUUGGUGUUAGUGCCGCUGUGUCUGUUUCGUGGCUUUUUGUUCCCGAACUGUUUCCGACAUAUAUGCGUGGUUUGGCGAAUGCUAUAUUCGUGUUUGUUGGCAGUUUUGGUUCCAUGUUAGCACCAAUUAUUGAUACUGCCGUCGGAGAUGAAUAUCAACGAAUUACUAAUUAUGUGUACGCAGGUUUAGCCGUAGUCUUAGCUUGUGUAAUUGCCACGUUACCGGAAACUCGUAAUCGCUCGUUUCAAGAUGGAAAAGAGCAUGACGAAGAGGAUGAUGACGACGACGAAGAAGAAGGUGGAAAUACAAACAAGGCAAUCGAAAAGCCAAAGGACAACGUUGCACUUCAAAAUGAAGGCACUGUAGACGUUAAGUCUUAA